ACACCACCCGUCGACGAUAAAGCUGCUGCUACAUUCGGAACCAGGCUAGCAGUAAUUAUAUAUUUCUUUACUUACUGAGUGUUGGAAACUAACUCACUAAUUUCAUUUUGGGUUGUGCAAAACCAGUUGCUGACACUGCAAGGUGGGGGAGUAGGCUAUUGAGAUUAGAUGCUCGAGAGACAUUUUUUUGUUGUUGAUGAGCCGAGCAACAUGGACACAAAGAACAAAAGAUGAAGUGACUCACCCGAAGGAGCAUGCUGGCCACAAAGAGACAGAAGAUUAGAUGUCACCGACAUGAACGUGCAAGCGGCGCAGAAAUAAGGUGAUGUUACAAACUGAGGGAUGACAUCGCUGGCUGUCGGCGUGGUCCUUUGUCUAACAGGCUGGAUCACUCUCUACACACUACUGUGUAACACCAAUGGCAGCCACGGUUCUGAGUGGAAUUGUAGGCUGGUCACACUGCUCCAUGGAAUCCUGGCCGUCUGUAUAACAGCAUACAUAGGCUAUGUGGAUGGACCUUGGCCCUUCACACAUCCAGGCACAAAGAACACUCCCCUUCAGAUCAGUGCUAUGGUCAUUAGCCUGGGCUACUUCUUCUUCGAUAUGGGCUGGUGUGUUUACUUCCGCACCGAAGGCCCGGUGAUGCUGGCUCACCACACCAUGAGCAUCCUGGGUAUUUUGUUGACCCUGAGCUUGGGAGAAUCAGGCAUCGAGUCCUGCGCCGUGCUCUUUGGCAGUGAGAUCACCAACCCCCUGCUGCAAACUCGCUGGUUCCUGAGACAGUUGGGUCGCUACGAGAGCCUGACAGGGGAGGUGGUGGAUGUUCUGUUUGUGGUGCUAUUUGUGUUCAUGCGCAUAGUGGUUGGCGGGAGGAUGUUGUACUGCGAGCUCAUCUCCCCACGGCCCAGGUUAAUUAUAAAGUGUGGGGGAGUUGCCAUGUAUGUGCUGUCCUGGGUGUUCAUGGUGGACAUUGGUCGUUUCGCCUACCGCAAGAGUCAAUCCAAAUACAGACGCUGGAGAGACCAACACAAAUUGGCAGCAGUUAACGGACAGGCCGACUGAAAGACUUCCUUAUCAUUAGAAGAUGAAUAAAAACAUCUAAUGUUUAUACUAAUAGAACUUCUUUAACAAAUGAUUAACUACCAAUGAUUGUGUAUGAUUAUUGGGGAGUAGUCUUUGGCAUUCAGCUUACACUUGUACAUUAUUGUGCUCAGUUCAGGAAAACCAAGAUGCUCAGUUUAGACAUACACUGUUCAUCACUCACUUUGGGUUAAUAAACUGGGUGGUUCGA